AUGGAAUGUACAGUUCAAGAUGUGGAACUAAGUAGCAUACUUAGGGGUUCUAAAUACACAAUUCUUUUGAAGGAUGAAGUUUCAACGUCUGAACGCUUAGACGAGGUUAUACUUGAAAUUCUGGGUUGUAAUUCAAGGCGUUUACUGAGUGGAACAAUGAUUCAAGGCUUGGGAGUUGUGCUGACAACCAAUGGUAAUAGGUCUUUUAUGGAGAUUGGACUUCCCGAAGAGCCUCAAAUAACUCUGGGUAAAAUUUAUGGACCUAACAGAGCACUUCUUUAUACGAUUAUGUCUUGCUUGUCAGCUUUGUCCAGAUGCUGCCUUUGCAAGAAAGGGGAUCAAGAACUAAGCUAUUACAGUUUGGACAGAAAAUCACAAGUUGGUCGGACAGCACAAGGGAUUUGUAAAAAAGGAAAAAAUGUCAUCGUAUAUUUUCGACCAACAGCUUCAACAGAAGAGCGUUUGGCCUUGUUAGGUACAUCAAUACUUUUCGUUAUUGAAGUCCUUUACCCGCAAUACGCAGAAUGGGUUCGACUAAAUGAAACAAACCAAUCUUGA